CCCCGGCGUCCGCGGAGGAGAGCAGCCCGCGCGCCAUGGCCUUGGACCUGGAGGAGCGGUUGCGGCAGAGCAACGCCCGCUUCGUGGCCUCCAUCAACCGCAUCGUGGAGCGGUAUAAUCAUCCUUUUGAAGAUGAUUUGCUUAUUUCCAUGGAAACUCUCACUUACCAUACACCUGAAGGACCAAAACAAUGGGGGAAGGUGUCAGCCAAGAAGCUUAAAAAAUGGAAGAAGGAAGUACUUGAGCGUAAUAGAGGAAGUCAAAGGAAUGCAGAAAUGUCAAAGCAACAGACCAGUGAUUUUGAAGAUGGACAUUCAACAGCACAUCAGGAAUCUCCUGAGAACUCUCAUGUGGAUACAUCUGACAUAGAUGAAGAAAGUGAUGCCGAUAUAGUUUCAGUAAGAAGAAAAUUUGAAGACAUUCACUUCCAGAAUCUGUAUGUAGAUGACGGGAAACUUCAAGAGAAAGUAAAAGUUCAAGUGGAUGUGAUAGUACAAGAUCAUGCUAGAAAAAUUCCCAAGUGGAUUACGAUAGCACCUCAAGGUUCAUUGGAAGGUCUUCAUUUAGCUUCGCCAGUGCAAGAACUGAUUGGCAACCAAGCUGCUGUUUGCAGAAAGAAAGUGGAGUUGUCAAAUGAAUGUUCUUCAUCCAGACCUCUACAGUUACAAUUUUCUGGUGUUCCCAUUUCACCAAAUACAAUAACCAUACCCAGGCAUCGACCUUCUCCAGAACUGAAUAAAAUUUGCUGUGAUAGUAUCUUGGAAGAAUACCAGUCUGCAGAUGAGGAAUGCUCCUGGAGCAAUGUAACUCUUGCAGACUUGUAUCCAGCGAUGGUAGAGAUACUUACAAGGCUCAUGACAAAGCAGUCUCGGAGAAAAGAGUUAAAACACAUGUUUGGACAGUUAAGGCACAAAAGAUGGUGUUCUAGAAGAACAAAGUUCAAUGUCACUGUAGACAAAAUAAGAGGGUUCAGACCUCUUAAACUGAAGCAAGCGCUACCCAGCAUAUGCAGCAGUAGAAGUGAAGACAUCCAGAAUCAAACUUUUGGAAAUGAGAACAGAGAACUUUGUGAUGACAGGUGUUCCGUUAAUAAUUUAUCUGGUCUGGUACCUUAUUCUUAUAUUGAUACAAAUGAAAUCGAAAUGGACUACUCUGACUCAAGUUUAGAACAUCAUUUGGUAACUGGAAAAGGCCAAAAAGUCUCCAAACAGACUGUUUUUCCUAAUGUUAUGGCUAGAAUGGGAGAGACAUUUCUAGUUGAAGAUGAGUUACAGACUACUGUAUCACUGAAGAAUUCAAAAUGCCAAGAAAGUGAAAAAUUGGCUUACAAAUGUUCCUCAGAAUACUGUUUUAUAACAUCAACUGCCAGUUCAGGGUCAACAGCGCUUCAUCUGGUAAAAGAGAGUAAAACUCAAAAAACUGACUUUCCUUGUGGUGAUACCUCAGAGUUGUGUUCAUCUACUUGCAGUUCCUACGGCAAUGGUAACGCUUUUACACCUGUCACAAACUUUUCUCUUGGAAGGGCAUCAAAUACUUUGCUCAUAAAUCCUGAAAAAAGAAUUUCUGAAAGACUAAUUUCUUUCCAGUGCGAACACUCAUUUUCCGUGAAGCAGAGUCCUUCAAAGAUGCCCCAGAAAUACGAAGAUGCAUUUGAAAAACUCUACUACAAACUGUGUUCCAAAGAAAUCCAAAAGCCUUUGACGUUAACAAGACCUCUUUCAAAUUCACAGAACCUUGAAGAGAAAGGAAGAUUAGUGAAGAGUAAUUUAAGUGAUUCUGUGAGGUCCAAUACACAGUAUGAUAGAGAAUUUGACAGGAUCUAUGAGCAAUUGUGUAGGGAGGCUGUUCCAAAACUUCCUGGGUUUCAGAGAGCUUCAAAUGUAAGGAAAUAUGAAGGAAUACCCAUGUCUGAAACUGUAAAUGCGCUUGUUAACUCACCUGUUAGAACUUUAUCUGCAAUUCCCAGAGUUAAAAGACUAGGAAGUUCUGAAAAUGAUCAUCUUUGUUCACCAGUAAAGCGACUGAAAAAUAUACCAGAACGUUAUUUUCCUUCAACAAAAUGUCAACAGAUUUCUCACAGAAAAAACGUUAAUCUUCAGACAGUUGGCAUGGAUUCUUUGAGCACAUACAAUGGCAGUAACCCCAGCUUUUUUGACAGUCACAACUGUCAGAGUCAGGACUCUGGAUUUCAUGCUUCUUCAGACAAAACUUCUCUUGGUAUUCCUGGUACUUCCCUGCAAGAAUCUGGGAUUGCAGAUGCCCACUCUGGUUGGCCUAGGGCAAUGAAGAAUUACAGCUGUCCCAGAAAUGCACAGAAGUGUCACCAAAGGGUAUCCAGAAAACUAAGCUACACUGAUGGGAAAGACCAAAAUCCUAGCAAUCCCUCAGACGACUUCCUGGUCAAAACUCACCAAGGAGCGUUCAUGGACUGCUACAGAGAAAACAUUGUUUUAUAAAGUUUGGUUUAGUUUUGUUUUUCUUUCUUCUUCCAAGAAUCAAGGAUGUAGUAUAUAUAUGUAAUAUACAAUUAGUCCUGAUUUAUACUUCCCUGUAAUAUAAAUCUUCAGGAACUAGUUCAUCCCUUCUGACAGGGCGCUUCUUACUCCUUUGGCUUCAUCAGGUAUUGCAGGGAAUCAGGCUUCCUUUCUAUGGCUAAGCUUAAGUUAUGUAUUUAGUAGUGUUUAUAAUAACAGAAUGUGAUCUGUAUUAUCUUUUUAUCUGCUAAUAUGCUUUGAUUCUUAAGGUAUUAGUAAUAAGAUAAUUAACGAGGUCGCUCUGCUGAGUUCCUGCCUAUUCAUGCUUUAUAGAUGUAUCAGUACUAAAUGAAAAAAUCUAAACUGGGCUGGAUGAUCCAAAUGCAGUAUUAUACACUAUGACUUGUAAUAUGCCUGCUAUGUAAUGUUAACGUUACAUUUUCUAAGUAGCUCACUGAAGUUGAUUGUUCAAUAAAAUUUUAUAAUUUUCAGUGGA